AUGUCGGUAAGAAAUCAUACGGCACCCGGUCCCGACAGAAUAAGACCAGAACACCUGAAGAACCUUCCGCCAGUACUCAUCAACACCCUGGCGAAGCUCUCUACACGUUAUCUGUCGGAAUGCAAGGUUCCUAAACAGUGGAAGACCAGCAAGACCGUGUUGCUGUACGAGAAGGGAAAUCCACAUGACAUCAGCAAUUAUCGCCCAAUCCACUUGCUGAUUGAGAAAGCAUUGGAUGAAGGACAGCCAUGCGAGCAAGCAGGGUUUCGAAAAGGAUUCAGCACGAUUGACCACAUUCACACUGUUUCGAAACUCAUCGAAGUAUCGCGAGAGUACAAGAUGCCGUUAUUUCUCACCUUCAUCGACUUAAAGAAGGCCUUCGACUCAGUUGAGACGGAAGCAGUCGUGGAAGCCUUGGACAACCAAGGAGUCCCCACUCAGUACAUAAAGCCAAUGCAACUAGCGUUUCUGGACUUUGAAGCCGCGUUCGACUCUCCUCACCGAUGCCGUCUUCUCAACGCGCUUCGCGCCGAUGAAGUACCAGGAAAAUUCGUUCGCUUGCUUGAUGACAUGAAUCAACGAACUGCUGCAGUUCGAACACCAGCCGGAUGUACAACACCGUUUAAAGAGGUAACUGGAGUAAGACAAGGGGCAGUGGCAGGACCCUUCCUGUUCAAUUUCGCCAUCGACGACAUUAUGCGAAGAACAGUCGACCAGUGUCCUGCCGACAUUGUCUUAGCACCAUCAGGGUGCCCCUUGACUGACCUCGAGUACGCCGACGAUGUUGUUAUAUUUGCGGAAAGCAGUACGAAACUUCAACAUGUUAUCAACCUUGUAUCGAAGCUGGCUGCAACCUACGGACUACGCUUACGCCCUGAUAAAUGCAAGCAGAUGUGGAUCUCUUCGAGACCUCGAACGGGAAUCAGGGCGGACGGACAACAGAACUCGUCGAUGAGUUCUGUUACCUGGGCUGCCACUUCUGCAUUUAACUCCUUAACGGAAUGUCUGUGGUCGACCCCCAUCACCAACGAAGUCAAGCUGCGAGUCUACCUAUCCGCAAUUCGCCCCAUCAUGAUGUACGGAUCGGAGAGUUGGGCAGCACCAUCAAGGGUUAUGAAGAGGCUUGACUGCACGGAACGAAAGCUGCUUAGACGGCUACUUGGCUACUUUUGGCCUAGGGUAUGCCACAAUGAAGACCUUUACGCAGAAAUUGAUGUGGUUUAUCGGCGGAUGACACGUGGAAGAUAUCAACAUCUUGCACCGCCUUCGAAAGCGGCUAAAGUAAAGGGUAAAGUAAGUCUUCGUUUCUUUGGUCAUAUAUUAAGGAGACUGGCAGAUCGCCUUGUCCAACGAGUUCUAAAGAGUUCGUCGGGUUCGAGCUGGAAGAAGCCACCUGGUCAAAAACGGAAGUUCUGGACUGAGAGCUACGAAGAAGAAGAAGUCGAAGCUUUCUAUAUGGACCUCGAGAAGUUCUACCGAGAACUAUUCACAGCCACCCUCGAGAACGCAAUGCGAAAGUUGGAAUGGGACGACAUGGGAGUGAAGGUCGACGGUCGGCAGCUACACCAUUUGCGCUUCACUGAUGACAUCGUACUGAUAACACCUAGCAUCAGCCAAGCGGAACGAAUGCUGACCGAAUUCGACGAAACAUGUGGAUGCAUCGGUCUUCAGCUGAAUCUACAAAAGACGAUGUUCAUGCGGAACGGAUGGGUCUCGGAUGCCCCAUUCACGCUCAACGGAACGAACAUAUCCGAAUGCACCAGCUACAUUUAUCUGGGUCGGGAACUGAACAUGAUGAACGACCUGACCCCCGAGCUGGGCAGGAGGAGACGAGCGGCUUGGGGAGCGUACAAGAGCAUCGUGGAUGUAGUGAAGAAGACCAGGCACACCCGGCUCCGUGCUCACCUCUUCAACACCACCGUACUUCCUGCUUUGACUUAUGCCUCGGAAACCUGGGCAUUUCGCAAGCACGAAGAAAACGCGGGACGGGAUUCGAAGUUCUCUCCCACGUCAGCGAAGAUUAGAGACGCCGCCGCGUUUGCCAAGGAAAGUAAAAUAAGGUGGGCCGGACACGUGAUGCGCUUUAACGACAACCGUUGGACCAGAGCCGUGAGUGACUGGGUUCCCAGCGAUAUUAACCGCACUACAGGAAGACCGCCGACCCGAUGGUCAGAUUACUUCAAGAAGUCCUUCAAAGAAAAGUAUGAUGCUCUCCGUGUCCCACGCGAAAGGAGGAACCACUGGGCUACUCUGGCACGCGAUCGGGACAAAUGGAAGAAUUACUGGCGCUCGCUCGAAGAGUUCGAAAAUCAACGGGAGUCAAGGUGA